AUCAAAUCUGAAAAACCCUAGACAAAACCCCCAAAUUGAAGGCCUCUGCAGCCUUAAUCCCACUCGCCUAGCAUUUCCUGCUGCAGAGCACAACGAAUCUACAACUUCCAAAUUACUAAGGAUUGGAAAGAGAUGGUCUGGUUCCAGUGCGAGGAUUGCGGCGACAACCUUAAGAAACCCAAGCUUCCUACUCACUUCAGGCAAUGCUCUGCUUUCAAGCUAUCAUGUAUCGAUUGUGGACAAGUAUUUGGCCAGCAUGACGUUGAAAGCCACACUCAAUGCAUUACCGAAGCGGAAAAAUAUGGUCCAAAGGGUCAAGGAAAUGCAGGGAAUGGGAUGAAUACUAAGCCCAAAAAAGAUGCAAAGCAGAGACCAGAGGUUGACAUAAAUGUGGGAUUAUCUGAACGCCCUCCAUGGUUCUGUAGCCUUUGUAACACCAAGGCUACAAGUAAGCAAGCUUUGCUUCUCCACGCAGAUGGGAAAAAACACAGAGCAAAAGCAAGAGGGUUCCAUGCAAAACAGCAGGGCAAUGAGACUGUAGAAACCACUGUCUCUGCUGAAAACAAUGAAACAAAUAACGUUUCUGUAAAUAAAGAAAUCAGUGGAUAUCUAAAUUCAUCUGUAGUUGAUCCCCCGUGGGACGGAUCUGGAGUGGAGAAUAAUUCUUUGGAAUCAAACAAGAAACGGAAACUCGAGGCAUCUGAAAAUGGUGAUGCUAACCACAAGACUGGAGUUGAUGUUUCUGCAGAACUAGGAAAUGGUAAGGUUACACAAGUACAAGGACUAGAAAUAGAGGUAACAAAAAGCUCGAAGAAGGCCAAACUGGAUUCACCUGCAGACAAGGAUGCGAGCAAGAACGUUAAGUGGAAAAAGCUUAUUGUUUCAGCACUGAAAUCUAAUCCAGAUGGUGCAAUGAAACUUAAGAAGCUUAAGAAAUUUGUUGUGAAAUCUUUAAAGGACUCUGGCUGUGUGGAAGACAAAAACCAAGCAACUGAGAUGAUUAAGCAAAAGAUCGAAUCAAGCUCAAGAUUUGUUGUGGAUGGAAAAUAUGUUCGCCUAGCCACAACCAGCUGAGGAGGGUCCAUAUGUCUUCGUCAUAUGAAUUGAUGAAUUACCAAAUGGAUAUCAAAACUGCUGAAUUUGUAUGUGUGGCCUUUUUGUAUGGAUUUUUUUUAAUUUAGUUUUUUAUUCGGGUUUCUACAUUGAGCUGCAUUCUACAUUCAGAUUUUGCACCUCAAUGUGGGGUGAGGUGGAUAUAUGAGGAAUUUAGGGGUAAUUUUGUGUUA